AGUUUUAGUCAACAAAUCUGAGCAUUAAAACUGACAUCAAAGUCAGAGUCGCAUGGCGUCAGAGUGACAUCACGUUAGAGUGGCAUGACGUCAGAGUGGCAUGACGUCAGAGUGGCAUGACGUCAGAGUGACAUGACGUCAGAGUGGCAUGACGUCAGAGUGGCAUGACGUCAGAGUGGCAUCACUGGCUACUAUGAUGAAAAAUUCAAGAAGUCUUUUACGUGCUAUGAAGUAAUGAAAUAAACGUUUUCGCAUUAUUCCAAAUGACAUUGUCUUUAACGAUGACUCCACUCGAUGAAGAUUCUACAACCAGUUCAUCUCUAACGACAAUGGCCGCACAGAGAGUAGUAUCACACCCGUAGCAAUGACCAGUGUUUAACAAGGCCACCAACUGAGGCUAUAGGUUACUAUACGCUAAUAACUAUGGCCAGUGAAACGCCAAGAAAAACGAACUGGACGUUCGUGGAAAAGUUCACAUCAUGCCGUUGGGCGUUGGCGUACAUGCUCUUCGUGCUGAGAAUGUUCCAGACCGCCCUCCGUCAGAGUAUAGGGAUGGCGCUCGUCUGCAUGGCCGAACGUCCAGGCCUUGAGCCUGGGGAUGGACCGGUUUACAACGCGUCGGUCGGCGAACCGAGUGACGUCAGUAGGGCCACCUCGGAUGUUUUAGUAGACCGGAACCAAACAAUGUUAAACAUUUCUAGCUUUUCAACUGUUGAUAAUUCACGUGAGUAAUUCGGUUCAGUCUGCUAACAACAACAAAAAAAAAAUGUUCGUAUGACGCAUCAGAAAGAAUUAUAUUGAAAAUAAUGCAAUCAUGACUGUCUAACAUGAAUAACAAUGUCACUCUAAAAAAUGAAAAGGUAAAAUCCUAUUUUGAAACUAAUUUCUUUGAACUUCCCAUAGGUGAGGUUUUGUUUGGGUUUUAAAUGCUAUUCAAAUGCUGGCGGGUUUUGUGCACACAAUGGCGCAGCGCGAACACUUGCCGCAAAGAUUAGUCUAAAGCAGGGGUUCUUAAACUUGUUGGCAGCGCGACACCUCUCUUGAUUUCAAAACAUAUUUCCCGCACGCCUUCGAUAAAAAUGCUGGGUCUCCCCGCACCCCUGGACGGCCUCCAGCACCCCCACCCCCACCCCCCCCAACCCCUAGGCGUUGUGGACACCCCAGUUUAAGAAACUCUUGUCUACAGGGUGUUUAAACAUGUCUUGUGAACUUGUUUUAAAGCGUAAAAAUGGACAUGGAGUAGUGCAGUGACAGUCAUCAUAUCAUGUGUCAAAAACAACUCAUCACUUUUUAUCUUAAUUAAUACAGAAAAUUGGUACGAAAAAUACAUGAUGGGCUCAAGGGAAAAACCAGUUAUGUCAGGUUUUGAAAGUUUUGAGAAAAUUGAAUUUAAAUUUUGAAAAUUCCUCUCAAAAGUAUGAAAAUAUCAAAAUGUCCACGUAUUCAUUUAUUGACUACGCUGCUUUUUCAGUUGGACCUAUGCAUCAUAUUAUUCUAUUAAAUGGAAUGUAGCCACAAGGGAGAUAGCAUAGAAAUUAAAAAAAAAAACUGACAUCACUGGUUUUUCCCUUGAACCCUUCACACAUAUAUAUACACACACUCGAAAUAACCAGCCGAACACUAGCGGUCCAAAAUGUGUGAAUUUCCCACCUACUCAAGUUACUUGACAAAACAUGCAUUCAGGUAACGCAUUUUAUAAGAAUCCAAAUUAUUAGCGCUAACUUCUGCGAAUUUUAUUUUGCGCGCCUUUUGAACACACCGUUACAGCCAUACAGACAGACACGCCUACCUAGAUAAUUAAUAUCUGUGAUAUAUUUAGGAACUUUUCUAGCUGAAACCAAGACAACAGCGUUUCAAUGGAUCCAGUUGACCUAGUUUUGUUUUCUCAUCAGAUCGACGAGAGUUUGUUUGGGACGCCACCUUUGAAGGUGUUGUCUUGUCAUCCUAUUACUACGGGUACAUGGUGACGCCUCUGAUCUCCAGCUACACGGAGAGGCUCGUGGGCGCCAAGUGGCUGGUCGCCUCCUGUUUAGGGGUCGGUGCCGUGGUCAACCUGUUCACCCCUGAGUUGACCAGAGCGAACAAAUAUCUGCUGGUGGCUUUGAGAGUUGUAGCAGGCACAACAAACGUAAGUCUGGUGGUGUAUAUUUAG